GAAGUCUGGCAAAAUGUCACAAGUGGCUGGAGAAAUGCAGGCUGCUCUGCUCUUCACCCCAGAGAGGUGGUGCCUAGGCCUCGGUGCUUGCCUCCCUGCAGGGAGCCAAAACGCUCUUGGCUGAGCAUCCUGGAGAAGAGACCUCAAGACAGAGGCCUAACUUUUCCCUGGUUUCUUUGCCCAGGGACGGUCUUCAGCCUUGUUUGCCAUGCGGCAGGUACCCUUGCAUCCCUGUGGAGAUACCUGCUGAUCGUGUGCAUCUUCACUGUGCAAAAGAUGGCCGUGCACAAGAAGAGGUUCUUGAGAUUCAUUGUCUUCUUGCUUCCAGUGGUUCUUGGCUCUGACACGGGCAGCCGCAGCAGAAACAAAGAUGCUGAGGAAUUUGCACACCUUGUUGACAGAGCAGACCCAAAAGUUGCAGCUUCUGCUGGAGGAGGUGGCUCAGCUGAAGGUGGAGAUAAGCCGUUUGAAGAAGGAGAGGCAGGAGGUGAACCAGGCAGCCCUGGAGUUGGCUUCGGAAGUCUACAUCAGAAGAUCUGACUGGGCCCUGAAAAGUUCUGGUGCCACCAUUGACAUGCAGAGAACUUCAAAGACCUAUGACUGCAAAGAGAAUUGGGGCUGCAGGGUUUUAUGGUUCUUCCACACUCCCAACCCUCCUGAUACGAUUUUGGAGCCGGAUAUUUCCCCAGGAAACUGCUGGCCAUUACAAGGGCACCAGGGCCAGGUGGUCAUCAGGUUGCCAGCACGAGUCCAUCUGACUGCUGUCAGUGUGCAGCACACCUACAAAGAGGUCUCUCCAUCUGGGACCGUCACCAGUGCCCCCCGAGACAUCGCUGUCUUUGGAUUGAAUGCAGACAGAGAAGAGGAAACUCUCCUUGGGAUGUUCGUGUACAACGUGGCAAAAGAGGCUAUUCAAACCUUCCCUCUGAAGGUACAGUCUGUGCAUGAAGGCAAGAUGCCCAGGAGAAAACCAGCAGUGCCUGCAAGUCCGUGGCAGGAAGAGCGUGAAUGCUCUCUCCCCUGGCGCAGGGGCCCAGACCACUGCCGAGGAGGCCUGGUGGAGCUGGGAGGACUGAGUAGCAUGCCGUGGGGGUAGCAGCAACAGGUUUGCAAGGGCAGGGUUGUUCCUGUGGGAGCUUAAGUCCUGAGAGACCCCUGGCUGCAGCUGCUGCCUUCAGCAGAGCCAGCUGCACACAUGGCCUCUCCACCAAAGCAACAUCUUUGUGCCAGGAGAAA